AUGGUAUUUACUCGCGAAGAAGUCAAGCAAAAGUGUCGGACGAUUGUCGGCAUUUUGAAUAAUUUCCCAGAUUUUGAUAACUUUAACCAAGUGGAUGAGAAGUUGAAUAAGCCCGUUUUGUUCAAGAGGAACCCGGAAAAGUGAGUUGGGGAUGAUGGCAUUGUCUAGUCCAAAUGAUGUGAAAGGAGUUGUGAGGCUCCUAGUUUUGACGGCAUUUUGCCCAAAUUGGGGCUCGGGAAAGUCGCGCCUCCCAAUUAUUGUCUUGCACCGAGUAAUUCUAUUAACAAGUCGAUUCCUCUCCAUUUCUAUACGCAUAACUUACAUUCCCUUUGUAGUCUCCAUGCCGAAGUCGAGCCCAUCAAAGUUCCUGUUGGUCACCUCGGUCUCUUAGUCGAGAUUCAAUUUGGAGUAAUCAUUGGAGAAAAGAUUGACAAAUACGAUAAGGAUGAAUUCCCCAACAAAGUCGAUGGUUAUGUGCUUGUUCUGAGCUUUACAACAAGGUAAAUUACAGCCAAGAGUCCAAUACUUUGCAGAGAAUCAAAGUACGAGAGCCAAGAUAAAGCAUUUGCCUUGGUCUCGGAAUUCGAUAGUAACAUCGCCAUCUCCGACAUCAUCCCGGCAGAUGCGAUACCUAAGCCUGAUGCUCUUGUAGUAAGUUCAGGGAUGCCAUUGAUUUUCCUCUGACUUACAGUGUUGUUGAUUUAAUUUUAUUUUUAUUAGAUCUGGAACCGCUUGGAUGGAGUUGAAAUCCAGCGUGCCACCCUAAAAGAUAUGCGUCAUACUGUAGCUGAGACCAUUGAAUUCAUCUCUAAAUAUACGCUGUUAGAACCAGGCGAUAUUGUUCUUUGUGGUCCAGCCAAAGAACCUCAUUAUGCAAAGGUCGGACAGAAAUUGGAAGCAGGGAUCGAGGAUGAGAUCAGGUUUGAAGUGAUGGUCGGGAAAGCUCUCGAAUUCUCGACCGAACUUCAUGAUGUGACCGCUGACAGACGAUUUUCCGUGGAAGGGGAGCUCGUCCCAGAGCCCGAACAUAUACCAGUCUAA